AUGAUGGGUGCAACAGUUGAGCAACUUUGAGGUUGUGAUAAUUGAAAUGCGGAAGUACAUUUGUUUUGGCUGAACAAGCUUGUUCGCUUUUUCUACAAUUAAUCUUCUUAAAGUCGGAUUUUAAACCUAACCAAACUGCUAACUUAAUGCCACAACCUUAAAUUAAGACCAACAAGCUUCUUUUUUUCCCAUUAAUUUUUACGAUAUAUCCAUUUUUACUUUGUGGCUGUGUUAUCUAGUGGGAACCUCUAGUUAGCUAGCUAGCUACCCUCUGGCUAAAGUGUACUGCAAUUUUGCAUAAAUUGUUGAUUGAUUAUCCAAGUACUAGUUUGAAAGAUAUGCACCGGGCAUCAAAAUGAUCUCCUGCAUAGUUUUAAAAGGUAUGAUUCAGAGGUUCAAGAGUUUUACUCCUGAGUUCAGGCUCACGAGUGGGAUUGUUUCUGUCAUUAUAGUAUCAUUUGUUUUGUUUAUUGUCACUACAUUUUUCGGUUUAUCAGAGGAUGUCUUCAGUCUUGGAAUGACAGUUUUUGGCAAUGGUCAUGUGCACAAGCUCAUCACAUACUCCUUCCACCACAAGACAGUGACCCAGCUACUCCUCAGUAUUGGGGUUCUGGGGCCUCUCUGUGGUGGCAUUGAGAAGAGUGUGGGCACUGUUCGGUUCCUCUUCAUGUUUCUGCUGCUCUCUAUCAGCACAGGGGUGUUGUACAGCAUACUGGGUCUGCUACUGUUUGGUGCAUCUGCCCAGAACCAGGUGGAGGGGUUCAUUCCAGUAUCCCUCUCCCUUAUGUGUAUGGCCACAGUGCACUCCCGUAUGGUUAAGGGCUUUCUUUUCGGGGUCACUGUACCCAUGUUAGCCCUGCCCUGGCUGUUUCUGUUCAUCAUAACACUUUUGGUCCCACACACUGUGUUCCUUUGCAAUGUCAUCGCCAUCAUCGCAGGGGGGAUCUACGGAAAGGGCUGGCUCUCACUUCUGGACAUGUCCGAUGCCAGGGCAUCAGUGCUGGACAAGAAGAUGCCUUUCAGGCUGCUGAGGAACAUUGGUGUCCUGUAUGUCCCUGCAUCAAUAGAGGCGAGAAGGAAGACUGUCCACCCACCAAUAAUUCCAACCCCUGGCUCCUACCCAGUCCAAGCCUACGCUCCAGUGUCCUCUACCUCCAACCUACAGGCUACCGAGACCACACCAAAGACAUUUGAAGGCUGGGCUCACUCCUACUAUACACAGGGGAGCCCUGUUCAGCUCUCAGGUUAUUACGGACACAACCAUGGAUAUGGCAUCAAGCAUAGCUUUGGGCCAAGUCACGGACAUGGUCACAAACAUGGAUACAGCCACAGCUUCGACCAUGGACUCAGUCAUGAGCAUGCAUCUGCCUCUCAAACCAGCAGUCACUGUGCUCCAGUGGCUCAACAUCCACAUUCCCACCUCAGUCCACUGUCUGUGUCUGUCAGUGCCCCCCAGAGUUUCACAGCAAACAUGCCGGAGUCACUGCCAGAAUCUGUGACGGUUCAUCCAGGAGCACCUGUGUCUUCACUGACAGAUUGAUGACUUCAAUCAGUAACACCAAAACUCGCUAUAGCUCAAUUGAAAUUUAUGGGCAAUGUUAUCGAAGACCGGAAAUUACCUUUACAUUUCAAGUGUGCUAUUCCUUGUAAAAAAUCCUUGUAAAAACGUCAACUCAUGGUAUAACUAAUAACAUAAAAAAAAAAACAUGAUGUCAGUGUGGUUAUAAGCCGCUAUAGCUCUGAACUUCUGCGAUACAGAUUUAAUUGAGCCCAUAGUUGUCAUUCAAUGUGUUUUCUGUCUCAUGUUAUACAUUGAGAUGUAAUAUGCUUGGGCAAGUGGUUUGAGGCAGUACUUGAAGGUCCACUUUUUCUUCACUGAUGUUUUUGGUUUGAAUACACAAGCAGGCUCUGAAUGUUCAAUGUCAAAUCAAUGCAAGAAGGCUUUGAUUGUCAGUUGAUUGUAAGACCUCCUUUUGGCUUGUGUGUUUUGUACUUUGUGUUUUAUUAUUUUAAAGUUAAUUUCUCUACUGUAAGCCGAAUCCGACGUCGUUUUAGAGAAUUUGGCAGUACGUCCAACCGGCCUCGCAUCCGCAGACCACGUGUAACCACGCCAGCCCAGGACCUCCACAGCCAGCUUCUUCACCUGCGGGAUUGUCUGACAGCCACCUGAUGAAACUGAGUUUGCACAACCAAAUAAUUUCUGCACAAACUGCCAGAAACCAUCCCAGGGAAGGUCAUCUGGUUGCUCGUCAUCCUCACCAGGGUCUUGACCUGACUGCAUUCGGUGUCGUAACUGAACUCAGUGGACAAAUGCUCACCGUCUAUGGCCACUGGCAUGCUAGAGAAGUGUGCUCUUCAUGGUUGAAUCCUGGUUUCAACUGUACCGGGCAGAUUUAUGACUGCAAAAUGAAUUGCCUCUCUGAGGACAAAGUUUACGUGUGUGGGUGAGCGGUUUGCUGAUGUGAAGGUUGUGAGCAGAGUGCCUAAUGGUGGCAGUGGGGUUCUGGUAGGCAUAAGCUACGGACAACAAACAGCAAAUUUGCACAGCCGUUGAAGAGGAGUGGGACAACAUUCCACAGGCCACAAUCAACAGCCUGAUCAACUAUGCGAAGGAGAGGCGUUGCGCUGCUUUUGGCAAAUGGUGGUCACACCAGAUACUGACUGGUUUCCUGAUCCACGCACCUACCUUUCUUUUAAGGUAUCUAUGACCAACAGAUGCAUAUCUGUUUUCCCAGUCACGUGAAGUCCAUAGAUUAGGGCCUAAUGAAUUUAUUUCAAUUUACUGAUUUUCUUAUAUGAACUGUAACUCCAGUAAAAUCUUUGAAAUUGUUGCAUUUAUACUUUUGUUCAUUGUACUUAAAUUAAAAUAGCAUCCACUCAGCACUAAAUUAGAUCCAUUACAUGCAGUUUGUUUUGCAAUGGAUUGUUCAAAAUGACUGUUGCUUCAGAGGCAGGUGACAAGUGGGUGACAUGAUCCAGAGAGUGGGCUACAAGGGCAGAUUAUGAUAUCAUCUUUGAAAAAUGAACUAGUCGUGCACAGGAAAGAGAAGCCAUAAAUGACAACCAAGACUAAAUAAAGAAAAUCAAUGAUC